AUGAGAGCGGAUGCUGCAAUAUCCGAGCUAUUGAUGAAGUGCGACGAGGAGAGUGUCCAGCUGCCAGAGAAUCCGUGGCAAGCGCUGCGAGAAGUCAUUGCCGCACUACGGAGCACUCAGGACCAGGCACUGGGGUAUUUACAGCUACCAAAGGCACUGGAUCAACUCAAGAGAAAUGUCGAUCGUCGCGAGGAAGCAAAGGGAGCAGAUUCCGCAGCGGUAGCAACCUCGUCUCGAAAAGGGCGACGCCAAGAGCGAACGCUAGUGCAAGAUCCGUCUGAGGACAAACAGCUGCAGGCUUCAACUAUCGAUAGAAAUGAUGGUGAUCCACGAUCAAGUGGUCAAUCGAGGCAACCAAAUGCCAUGAGUCCCGUGGCAAGCAGUAAGAAGAAAAAGAGGGAGGCUAGAAAGAGCCGCAUCCAAGAAGAAGUGGAGGCCACACCUGCUUCGCGUAUGGAGAAUCAAGCUCUCGUGGAUCAGCUCGUGCAGCUGGGCGAGUUUGAAAUGCACCAUGGUCAUGCACAACGAGGGGUGUCACGAAUGCGUGCAGCGAAGGCUAUUCGUGAUUGUAAAAUGGUGAUCUCGUCCGGAGCUCAAGCGAGGCAGCUCGGUAGCGUGGGUACCGCCUUGGCCACAAAGAUCGACCAACUGUUGAAUGAAGGACUGGAGGCAGCUCUGGGCGAGUACGAAGGAGAUGACAAGGCUUUACCGGAGACAAAAUGA